AACCGGUUUUACAAUAGGAAUGAAGAUGCGCCGAAGUCAAAUGCCCAUUCUGGCCGUUUUUCAAAGGAUAGAAGCAAAAUUAAUGCUGAAAAAGACGCUGUUUCACUAUCAAUUCUUGUAAUUUCAGACGCCAUAAAAAAGUCGGAUAAAUCUCCAAGGACCGUUCUCAAAAAAGAAAAAGGGGAGAAACAAAGAAGUCACGAUCCAUACGACAUUGAGACUGAAAUGGAAAAACAUCCCGAGCCAUUAAAGAACAUACAAAUGGAGGUUCAAUCGUUCGGUGAAGUGAAAUACGCAAAAGUUGGUUCUGGAAAAUAUGAACGGACAGAAAAGACUGCUGAAUUGCGCGUUAGCAACCUAGCUGAAAUGACGCCACGAACCAAGCAAAGGAAAUCCCUUGCUGAGCUUACCCCGGGUAGAAAAAAGGUCAGCCCAGUCAUGACUGCCAACAGUACAACACCUCAACCUCGGCGAAGCCGGAAUUCAAAGCAGGACGCCGAAGAGGAGUCUAUGGAGGUGGACAAACCCAUAGUUCAAAACACGUCACCUCAAACAUCAACACCUUCAUCUAAACGACCCCGUAUUCAGCUACCUGAGUUGAGCGCUGAAGACCUACUAGCUGUUGAUCAUCCACGAGAUGAACACGCUCCGUACGAACCUGGAUCUCGUGUAUACGCAAUAUUCGAUGGACUAUUUUAUCCAGCCAUAGUUAUCAGUCGCGAUGGUUUGGGACGUUUCAAAGUGAAUUUCGUGGAAGACGAUAUUAUUAAAGAUAUUCCUCCUUCUGGCGUUAUCCCUUUACGUGCUCUUGAUCGGGAGAAAGACGUAAUCUUUAUCUUUUAUUGCUUAGUUGCUGCUACUAUUUCAGGUAAAAAUAUCAAUGCACCUGGGACGGGUGACGAGCAAAUAUUCGCUGGAAAGCUGUUCAUUUUGACAUCAGCGAAUCGCCCGAACACUGAUACUGGAUUUAAGAAAAAGUUCAUGACAGAUUUUAUUUCUACUCAUGGAGGGCUUGUUGAAGUCGAUGAGCAUCCAAAUAUGGAACGUUUCCUUGUUUCUGAUACACACUAUCGCACUCAUAAGUAUUUGGCUGCGUUAGUGCGGGCAAUGCCUUGUGUAUCGCAUGAAUGGAUCUAUAAAUUAUUAUAUCUGUUUCAGAAAAAACUCGUUGACUAUAAACCAUUUCUAUUGCCUUCCGGUGUUUCAAUUCUUGAUGAAAAGGAAUAUCCAUUGCAUGUUCUGUUUUUAAGAAGCGGAAUGCGUCCGAAAGUAACAAGCGUUUUUGCUAAUUUAAUCCAAUAUUUUGUAGAAGGAAAACUCGACAUUCUUUUGACGGACCACUCAGCUACGGCAAGUAUGGUAGAAAAGGCUCGCAAGAUCGGAUGUGCCGUUGUUUCAUCUGAAUGGUUGAUUCAGGUACAUACAGUAACGGGAAUGCGAAUACGUCUAAUUGCAAAAUUUGCUUCCUUCACAAUUUAG